CCACUACUCCACAAGUAUCACCAGUUAGGGGACCUCAUCAUAGCUGGCAUUAUUUCUCAGAUCUACGUAUCCUCUGAUCAGUUAACAUUCAAGAAUCAUCCUUCCCAAAAAGGAGUUGGUGAGAACUUCUAUUUCAGUGCCAGCAGGAUCUAUCACGCAUCGAUGGAACUUCUCUCCACACUGGGAACAUUCAUCCCUAACUACAAGUGUGACACCCACAACAAUCUGGUAGCUGCCAUUGGGGGACCUAGUGAGAGUGUCGUUCGCCACAUGGCAACCAUUCUGAGCACCUACAAGAUUCCACAGGUUAUGUAUGCUUCGGCGCCAAUUCAGAAUGACCGAACCCAAGCUGUUUUCUUCCACCAGAUGUUUCCAAAUGGGGCGCAUCAUUAUAUGGGGAUUCUCCAAUUACUGCUGCACUUCAGGUGGAUGUGGAUUGGGGUGAUUUAUUUAGAUGAUGACAAUGGAGAGAAUUUUGUCCACAAUGUGCUUCCCAUGUUUUCCCAGAGAAACAUCUGCUUUGAGUUCAUAGAGAGAUUCCCCAGCAUAACCUUUUCCAGUGAGGUUGCUGAAAUGAUGUUAGAAGGGUUGGAAAUAUUUAAUGUGGCCAUGAGAAGCUCGGCCAAUGUGUUCAUCAUGCAUGGCGAAACUCAAACCAUGACUAUUAUAAGAACGUUGCAACGCUUCUCAGUAUUCGAGGAUAUGCCCGUAAAGACUAAAGUUUGGGUUAUGACCGCCCAGAUGGAGUUCACAUCGCUUGCCUGUCAAAGAGGGUGGGACAUACACUUCAUACAUGGUGCAAUCUCUCUCUCAGUUCCCUCCAAGAAAUUACAAGGAUUCCAGGAAUUUAUUCGUAUGAGAAACCCUACACUGGAGAAUGAAGAUCACUUCCUCAGGGACUUCUGGGAAAAUGUAUUUGCCUGUUCUUUCCCUGAAUCCAUGAUAGACAAGAAUGUUGGGCAAAUUUGUACUGGAGAGGAGAAAUGGGAGAGUCUGCCAAAGUCUGUCUUUGAAAUGAGCUUGAUCAGCCACAGUCACAGCAUCUAUAAUGCUGUCUAUGCUGUAGCAUAUGCCUUGAAUGCCCUGGAUCAACACAAAUCGAAACCCUCAACAAUGGGGGAUAGAGAAAGACAGAAGCUUUUGAGUCAAAAGCCAUUGCAGCUCCACCUCCUUCUGAGAAGUGUCUCAUUUAACAGCAGUGCUGGGGAAAAGGUUGCCUUUAAUCAAAAUGGAGAGCUAAUAGCUGGAUUCGACAUUAUAAAUUGGGUCACAUUCCCAAACCAGUCUUUUCUUAGAGUCAAAGUUGGGGAGCUAGAACCUGGAGCUCCACACAACAUGCUCACCAUCCACGAAGAGGCUAUCAUAUGGCCCAGCAGGUUCAACCAGAUGGUGCCCCUUUCUGUGUGUAAUCCCCCUUGCCGUGCGGGUUAUAAUAGGAUGAAGAAGGAAGGGAAGCCAUUUUGCUGCUAUUACUGCAUUCCAUGUCCAGAAGGGAAGAUUUCAAACCAGACAGACGUGGAUGAGUGUUUCCAGUGUUCAGAAGAUCACUACCCAAACAAUGGCCAGGAUUCAUGCCUUCCAAAAGGCAUAAGUUUCCUGUCUUAUGAAGAGCCUUUAGGGAUCACUUUGGCUAUUUUUGCUCUCUCCUUUUCUUUCAUCACAGCUUUGGUGUUGGGAAGUUUCGUGAAGCACCAGAACACCCCCAUCGUCAAGGCCAACAACCGGAGCCUCUCCUACGUCCUCCUUGUCUCUCUCUUCCUGUGCUUCCUUUGUGCUUUGCUCUUCCUUGGGAGACCUGAGAAGGUGAUAUGCCUCAUCCGUCAUACUGCAUUUGGCCUCAUUUUCUCCAUGGCUGUUUCUUGUGUGUUGGCCAAAACCAUCACAGUGAUUCUCGCUUUCAUGGCUACCAAGCCAGGGUCGAGGAAGAGGAAAUGGUUGGGGAGAAGACUGGCCAGCUCUAUAGUGAUUUCCUGCUCCCUCAUUCAAGCCACUAUUUGCACUCUUUGGCUUGCAACCUUUCCUCCAUUCCCAGAUUUUGAUAUGCAUGCAGUUACUAGAGAAAUCAUUGUAGAAUGUAACGAAGGGUCUGGCACCAUGUUUUAUUGUGUCCUGGGCUUUAUGGGGUUCCUGGCAGUUGUGUGCUUCGCUGUGGCUUUCCUAGCUAGGAAGUUACCAGAUAGUUUCCACGAAACCAAAUCGAUCUUCUUUAGCAUGCUGAUCUUCUGCAGUGUUUGGAUGACAUUUGUUCCAGCUCACCUGAGUGCCAAGGGAAAACAUGUUGUGGCCGUAGAAAUCUUCUCCAUCUUGGCCUCCAGUGCUGGGUUACUGGGCUGUAUUUUCCUCCCCAAAUGCUACAUCCUUGUGCUGAGACCUGACCUGAACAAGAGAGAACAUCUAAGAAAGAGAAAAAAGUAA